ACAUAACCUAAAAAAAUUUCUUUUAGAUUUGAGCCUUGGUUGCUGCCACUUAUUUUUUAAAGAUUUUCGUUGAUUUGAAAAUCGCAACCAUGGUUCGUAUGAAUGUGCUAAGUGACGCUCUAAAAUCCAUCAACAAUGCAGAAAAACGAGGAAAAAGGCAAGUCCUUAUCCGGCCUGCCUCCAAAGUGACUGUUAAAAUGCUGACUGUAAUGAUGAAGCAUGGUUACAUUGGGGAAUUCGAAGUGAUUGACAAUCACAGGAGUGGAAAAAUCGUCGUUAAUUUGACUGGAAGGUUAAAUAAGUGCGGAGUAAUUUCUCCCAGAUUCGAUGUACCAAUUACUGAUAUUGAAAAAUGGACCAACAGCUUGUUGCCGUCCAGACAAUUUGGAUAUGUGGUACUCACAACUAGCGGUGGUAUUAUGGACCAUGAAGAGGCCAGAAGAAAACAUUUGGGUGGGAAAAUUUUAGGAUUUUUCUUUUAAUUUGUUAUGAAAUAAAUUAAAUUUGCAAAAAUUGA